UGUGACUCUGCAAAACCCCGGGGCGGGGAUGACGGUGAUGAUGGCCGGGCCGGGAGGAAGUAAAGGGGCCCGGCUGGGCGCUGCCCUGCUCGGGGUGGAGCGGUGCGCUCGGCCGGGCCCGCAGCAGGAAGGACGAGCCCAGCUCCAGGCAGCAGCAGCCAUGGCCGAGCCCGGGGACCAGAGCAUCCACACGCAGCACAUCUCGGCCGUGCACAACGUGCCCAUGAGCGUCCUCAUCCGGCCCAUCCCUGCGCAGCUGGAGCCGGACAAGGUGCGGAGCCUGAUGGAGACCCUGCAGGAGGACCCCGAGCGGGUGCCCCCCAUCGACGUGCUCUGGAUCAAGGGCACCCAGGGCGGGGAUUACUUCUACUCCUUCGGGGGCUGUCACCGCUUCGCCGCCCACCAGGCGCUCAACCGGGAGACCAUCCCGGCCAAGAUCAUCCCGUCCACGCUCAGCGACCUCCGCACAUACCUGGGCUCUUCCACUCCGCUCCUGCGCUAGCCCCGGGCACCGGCGCGGCGCUGACAGCAGGCGGCGCUGUUGGGACGCGCUGAGCCGGUACCGGCCGCGGGGACGGGGACGGAACGGACGGGGAUGGAUCCGGUUGGGAUGGGAUGGAUGGGGAUAGGAUGAACAGGGAUGAAGAGGGGAUGGGAGAGGAUGGACCAGGACGGGAUGGGGUGAACUGGGAGGGAACAAGAUGAGAUGGAGCAGGUUGAACUUUGAUGGGAUGAGACAGGAUGAACUGGAAUGGGAUGGGAUGAACUAGGAUGAAAUGGAACAGGACAGGCUGAAUGAGGAUAGGAUGAACUGGGAUGGGUUGUAUUGGGAUGAUCUGAGACGUUCUGAACCAGGACGGGAUAGGACAGGCUAAACCGGGUCAUAGCUCAAUGGGGAUGGGCUCAACCAGGACAGGACUGAGUGAACCGGGGCAGAACUCAACCAGGAAUGGCUGAACCGGAACGAGUUGAAUCGGGGCACACUGGAACUGGGCCAGGUCACAGCCCAUCCAGGGCACCGCUGAACCAGGAAGGGACACGGGCAAACUGGGACACAGCCAAAGCAGGACGCAGCCAUACUGGGAAGAGGCACAGCUGAACCAAAUGGCCUGAACUGAAUGGCCAGUCUCCAUCGACUGUGGGCUCACACUGUGCCUGGGCUGUGCCUGCCCCAAAACCUUCCUGUCCCCAUCCCUGGACACAUCCCAUGGGGACACCCCUGCUGCACCUGGAAUAAAGGCAAUCAAACCCCA